GCUGAGUGCGGCGAAAAACUAAACUCACUCACGCACUCACCGCAACAGGAGUACCUUGACUAGAAGUGAUGGUAUGGAUCACCAUAGGUUCCAUUUCACCAACAAUAUAGCUACGGUAUCAUGUCCUUUACGGCUAGGACGGGAUACCCGGGACGGGUGGGUAAUGAGUUGGAUCCGUGUACCCGUCUCAAUACCUGGACCUAUUGUGAUCAUGUGACUAGUAGCUUAAACAAUGUCUAUGCUAUCAUUUCAUGAUUUAAGGGUGGUAAUGACUUUGAAGAUUUAGACAUAAUUACAGCCACUUCUGUUUUAAUAUAAUGCAUAGUUAGGAUAUUGAAAAACUAUUUUAGCCUCCGAGCUGAAGAAUAUAUUGCCAUUUCUUACAAUUUUAUAUCAGGAAUUAACAUAACGGGUAUCCGGGUAGGGUAGGGUAAUAGGGGUGGGGUACCCCGGUAGAAUAUCUGGACCCGUCCCAGCCCUAAUGCCCUUAGUGUGUACGUGCAGUUCUAAUUUUUUGUUAUACAAAUACGUGAAAUAAUCGGUACAUAUCAAAAGAAUGAUGAAAACUCGAAAAUUAAAAAAUAUACACAUAAUUGAAGUAACUAUAUUUUUCCGAUUUAACAAGUAAGAUAUAUAAGCUACCAAAGGUGGUACCAUAUGUGGGGAAUCGAACCCGGGUCUUCGACAUGACGAGCGAACGCUUUAACCACUAGACUACUCCACCACGCGUAGUAACGAGUCGAAUAAACAAACUAAGGAAGUUGUAAUAUCGCGUAUAGUCCUACAAUUUGACCCCGAAUCUGGGUCGCUCGCUGUUGGUGUCACGGCCAAGAGCAAAGUAAAAUUGUGAGAAACAAAAUGGCGCAUACGUUCAAUGCGGGAAUAGAGCUAACCUUCACAGAUGACAACAUUGCUAUUUUACGAAUGCGAAAUGGCGAAAACAGAAUUGACAGAACUUUCACGGAGGCUUUUAACAAGGCGCUGGACACAGUAGAAAGGUAUGACACCAGUGGUCCGGGAAGCUGUCUGUUGACGUUCCCAGUGGUCACUGUCGCAGCUAUUAAUGGUCACGCAUUUGCUGGCGGAGCCCUGUUGGCGUUGAAUCAGGACUUCCAGGUCAUGCAGACCAAGCGAGGCUGGAUCUCACUGAACGAGGUCUUCAUCAAUGCACCACUUGGUCAAAGCAUGCCAUUGGUCAGAGUGAGCCACGACAGCUGUAUUCAGCAGAUGCAUCUAUGUACCCAGAGUGAGCUACGACAGCUGUAUUCAGCAGAUGUAUCUAUGUACCCAGAGUGA